GCGCGGCGCAGGGCAGGGCUGGUGUUGGGGCAGAGCCGCGGCGGGUGCGCGGGGCCCGGGCAGCGCCGUGCCAGCAGCUCUCGGAGCGGAGAUGCGGAUGGCACUCGGUGCGGCAGCGGGUGAAGGGGCAGCGCAGAGCCCCGGCCCCGCCGCCGUCUCUCUGGGCUUGAGCGUGGCCGUUAUCUCCAGCCUGGUGAACGGCUCCACCUUCGUCCUGCAGAAGAAGGGGAUCGUGCGGGCUCGCGGGCGAGGUACUUCAUACUUAACAGAUAUAGUAUGGUGGUCUGGCACUAUUGCGAUGGCUCUGGGUCAAAUAGGGAAUUUCUUGGCCUACACUGCAGUCCCAACUGUGCUAGUGACGCCCUUGGGAGCUCUUGGUGUUCCAUUUGGGUCCAUUUUAGCUUCUUACUUACUGAAAGAAAAGCUGAACAUUCUUGGCAAGCUGGGAUGUUUGCUGAGCUGCGCUGGGUCUGUUGUUCUCAUCAUCCAUUCCCCAAAGUCCGAGAGUGUAACGACUCAGGCUGAACUUGAAGAGAAGCUUACAAAUCCAGUUUUCGUGGGUUAUCUCUGCAUAGUGCUGCUAAUGCUUCUCCUGCUUAUCUUCUGGAUAGCUCCAGCUCAUGGACCUACUAAUAUAAUGGUUUACAUCAGCAUUUGCUCUCUUUUGGGCAGUUUUACUGUUCCCAGCACAAAAGGCAUUGGGCUGGCUGCUCAAGAUAUCUUUCACAAUAACCCAUCGAGUCAAAGGGCUCUGUACCUCUGUCUGGUACUUCUGGCAGUAUUAGGAUGUAGCAUUAUCAUUCAGUUCAGAUACAUCAAUAAGGCACUGGAAUGUUUUGACUCCUCUGUGUUUGGUGCCAUCUACUACGUUGUGUUUACCACUCUAGUCCUGCUGGCGUCAGCCAUCCUGUUCAGGGAAUGGAGUAAUGUAGGAGUGGUAGAUUUCUUGGGAAUGGCUUGUGGAUUCACCACAGUAUCUAUUGGAAUUGUUCUUAUACAAGUCUUCAAGGAAUUCAACUUCAAUAUCGGGGAUUUAAAUAAGCCUAACAUGAAGACAGAUUAAAAUAUUUUUUUUUGAGAGGAAACUGGAUGGCCCAGGGAAGGAUACAGAGCCUUUCAUUUCUGAUUCAAAUAUGAUUCAGGUUGGUAGUUACCCUCUGACAAUUUGGUGGUCUCUCUGAUAUGAUUUGGAGGCCUCCAUCCAGUUUAAAAGGAACAGUUGUCCAUGUACCCCAGUCAACACAAUAAAUGACCUUAGUUGGAACCACUGAUUGAGUCAGCAUAGAGACCGAUGUAUUUCUUUACUGUACAAGGUAAUCCAUCACAAAAGAUCCAGGGAUAUUCUGACAGAUCUGUGUGUGAGAGCUUGCAUUGUGGCUGCUAAGGUACCAUUUCUGUGGGCAGAGAACAUCAGUUUCUAAUGCAUUCAAUCUGACACCUUUCAUGAGUGAUAUAUACCUUAAAAUAUGAGGGGGGGAAAAAAAAAAGUGAGUGGAACAAGUUGAUCUCAAUAUAGCAAUGUGUUCACUGUCAAGGCUUUGAAUUCUGAAACAAAUGGUGGCUGAGCCAUGAAGUGCAGAUUUGUACUUCCUAGUGACUGUCUCAGCAACUUGGUCUGCUAUGCGGUGAGGACAGUGGGGAGUUUUACAUUUAGUUCUUUAUAUACAACAGUGGACCUUUAACAAUCUUUUACUAAUUACUUACCAGCUGAUGGUAGUGUCCAGGUAUGCGUUUUCUCUUUGUAACUUCCAUGCAUUAAGACAUGUCGCAUUCAUCUCAGAGUUUUUAAUUAAGAGCAGACAGAAAGACUGAGAAGGAUGUGGAAAUGAUGCACAGACUCAUUGCCUGUACGGUGGCUUAUUUGUAAGCAGCUCAGAACUAUUUCAGUGCCUUUGUAAUCCAAAAAUACUGCGCAAAUGUGAAUGUGUUUGUUUCAGAUGGCCUAUACUGGCUUAAUAAUUCGGUCUCACUAUCUAUAAUAUUGGACUGUACUCAAAUUAGAACCAAGUAAAGCAUCCAGAAGGAGCCACACGUUUUUGGAAGAAUUUACAAACCUGAACCAAAACCCUUAGAUGCCUUGAAAGCUUCUGAAAAGCCUAUAGUCCUAAUAGGAAGAGGUAAUCUAUGGGAGGACUGUUUAAAGCAGUCCAGUAUACCUUUGUUUUAGUGAAGUGACUAAGUGUUUAGUGAAGUAGCUAGUAGAACCAUAGAGUCAUAGAGUGGUAGGGGUUGGAAGGGACCUUUAGAGAUCAUCUAGUCCAACCCCCAUGCAGGAGAAAAAGAAUGAGAGAAGAGCAUGAGAUUUCUCAUAGCUCAAAUAAACAUGGUCUGAUCCUUUUGUUAUGUGGGGAAAAAGAGUUUAAAAACUGAAAAAGCAAGGCAUUCAAAGAGCUGAAUUUCAGAUAACCAACAGGGAUAUACGUUCUGAUCCAGUGACUUGCAGACCUGUGUUAGCAGUUCAGCCAUAAUAUUUUGACAGUUCGUACAGAUAGCUUAAGCUAUGAUUUAAAUGAUUCUGAACUACUCAGUUUAAACCCCUUAGAGAAUAUUGAUAUGUCAAAGAAAUAGGUAACUGUCAUGUUGUACUUAUAUUUGGUAGUUAAAAAUAUCAUGAGUCAAAAACUUGUAGAGAAAGCUUGAAAAGCAAUAAAUGUUGGUUUCCAUUUAAGCACAAAAAUGGAAGGGUGGAACUCAACAUCUCUAGUUCAGACAAAAAACCCCAAUGUGAUUAUGAGACAUAUUUGAUGAUACUUUAUCAAAAAAUCAGCUUUGUGGCUGACAAGAAUGUGGAAGCUGACUAAUGGUGAAUAGAACUGUCCACUCCCUUGUUGGUUAAUUAAUGUUACCUUAAAACUCAGCCUCCAUUUUAGUUUAAAAGGAAUGUUACAAGCUGUUCUGAUCUCAGCAAUAAUAGCAAGCAGUGAAUCCUAAAGAUUUAAUAUUCUGAGAGAACUGUUCUGAGGGACUAAGAGCCUCAGUAAUUUAUUUGGAAGCUUGUUUUAUAACCUGAAACUGAGAGGGGAUUGAGUUGGUGGACACAUACGUUGUUAUAGGCCACGUGGAAACUGGGUGUCUUGGUGAAAUAAAAUGGCACUAGCAGAGAAAAGACCAUCUUCAUGGAUUUUUACAGUAUUAUGUAUGGUUUCUAGAAAGUUUGAGAAUUGUAGGUGAGGGGAAUUGGAUAAGGAAAGCUGGUUAACCACUACCGACUGGAAGAUGGUAUCUCUUGGUUCUCAGCAAACAAGUUUUGCCAUAUUCAUUCCCAUUUUUCCUGUUUGAAACGGGAAUUGUACAUAGGUUGUGAGACCUGUAGUGAUACACAUUUUAAACCAAUGUUUGCCAUUCUCUGAAGCAGUCAAGUAGUCAUUUCAAAAUACAAAUUCAUAGUUCAUGAGUUGCAUGUUGGUUUUGUACUAGUCUUUAAUCUAUGAAGGCUUCUGUGAAAAUCUUUAGAUCAGAAGGGAAAUGAUUGCGGUCUCAUCUUAGUCUUCCUUUGGCCUUUCUUUGUCUUGUUCUGUUUUAAAAUUCAUUCCUGUUUUAUUUAGAAAGUGCCUGUCCUAGUAUGUUAGGCGCAUAUGCAAAUUAUUAGUAAAUAUUAGAUCCAAAAUAACUUGACUGCCCUGUCUAAACUUUGCUAUUUUCUCCACCACACACACAAGUUUACUUGAUAAGCACUCACUAUGCAGAGUAAGAAUAAAGUAGCAGCCAUGUUCUGUGGUCCUCUGGCCAUCCUUACAGCUGAUAAAUGUCUGCAUAGUUUUCCUUCUCCCCAGCUGCUCCUCACCUGUGAUGAGCUUUCUAGAAAUGUCUAGUUAAGCUUGAUGUUUAAAACAGAGAUGUGAAAAGCCAGCACAUAAGGUGAAAGAAAUUCCUGUGGCCUUGUGCAUCGUUUAUAUCUGCAGCCUUUUACAUCAUGAAUGCUAAAUAAUGGAAACCUUUAUUUUUGCUACUUUUUUCAGUAUGUGGCAGUGUUCUUUUGAGUUCUGCUGUACCUGGAUCUGGUUCAGUUCUAACUUUAGAACUGUAUUAGCAUUUUCUGUCAUCAGUGUUGGUACGAUUCUCCCCUCCCUCCAUCCCACACCCUCCUUGUUCUAGGUGUCCUAUCUUUUUUUAGUCACGUUGCCUUUCUGAUUUAAAAGGAGGCACCAUUGAAGUUGGGUUUUAGCAGUUCCCUCUUUUUUUUCUUUGACCCCUUUGACAAGUAAGCACUUAGAAUAAGACAGAUAUCUGAGUUCCAUCAUCUCAGGGAGCAAAUGUGCAUAGUUGUCUCCUGAGCUUUGUCAUCCCUCAUGGGUCUGCCCUUUUCACUUUCUCUUUGCAUGAUGUCUGUCCAUAGUUAUGAGCUAGAUGACUUCUGUUCUGACUCCAAAGUAGAAGUGGGAGAGGCUACGCAUAGAAAGCGAAGUGGACUUGUUACAGUGGUGUGAUGUAUUUGAAUUACAUUCAAAUCCAUAUGAAAGGCAUUUCAUGUCUGGCUUCUGUUAUACUUGUCAAACAUAUUUACUUGGUUCUCACUGAAAGAUAGCUCUUGGUCAUUAUCUCUUCAGUUUAUGAAGGAUUCAUGUGUGUCAGUCACGAUCUUUGUUAGGUGUCAAACACAAAAAUCCCUCAAAUAGUUCAGUAGGAGAAUAGAAACGUUUUUGAUAAAACAAAAGAAUUUGUUACACCUUAAAUACUUAUGUUAAAAAAAAAAGAAAAAAUCUAAACAAGUCACCUGCUGUAUUGACUUUCCAGGACUCUGUAUGUGUAAAUAGAGCCUAUUUAUUAGUAAGCUGCAACAAACAUUAAUAAGAACUUGUCUCAUCACAGUUUGACAAGUGAGGCUUCCUAUUAGUAAUCUUGGUUUAUGUUGAAAGUGUAUAUUUUUCUGAAGUAACUAGCACUGAUAAAUGAAACCACUGGAUUAAUUUCUUGAAACACUAGAAACUGAUGUUUAGCUUUUCUUUGUAUUUAAAAAAUAGAGGGUUUGUAGUUGAAGAAGAUUGGGGGCUAAUAAAUAAGGGGUGCUUUAAAUGGGCAGUUGUUUGCACGUUCUACCCCUCUCACCUUGUUUUGUAAAGCAUCAAGGAUUCUACAGCAAUCCCUCAGUUGUAUCUGUUGAAGUUGUACUGUUAAAUCAAAUGUUAUCAAAUGUCUGUGUGUUACCUGUUUUCUUUUCUUUACAAAGAUUAGGCCUUGUAAUAAUUCUUUGGUGCUACUGAAUAUGGGCUGAAGUCAUGCAGAAUUUUAGCGUGUACCAUGCUAGCCACCAAUGAUGUCAAGAGUUCUUAUUACUGGUGCCCAAGUAUUUCAGACAGCAGUGUUGAAAUGUUAUGGAUUAAGAAAUCUUUUCCGAAAGCUGCAAAUCAGUUUGGGAUUUUUAUUGGGUUUUUUUGUUGUGUUGGGCUCCCCUCCUCUCCCCUAGACAGUUGCUCUUCAGAGUGGAAAAUAUUACACAAUAGAGGUAUUUUUAAGUUACAUCCUUUUUCAUCAGUGGAACAGUUUUAAAUUUUUUUCCUUUUUUUUGCUUUUCCUGGAAUGUAAUAAAAAUAGUUCCAAUGGGAUAUGGGGAAAAGGUGGAUGGCAACAAACAUACAGUGUCAGGUUUGGUUGCUUCAAUGCUAUUGCAAUAUAGUUACUACAGAUUACAUAAAAAUGGUUUAUUUUAUUAGCUUCCAAAUAAUGUAUAUAUAUAUUUGUUAAUGGCUUACAAGUCAAGCUUACUCUCUCUGCUUUUUAAAAAAUAGUUAUAGGCAUGUUGUAUUUGCCUUGUGUAAAUUAUAG